UCUGCAUACUUCGUGGACUCAAUCUGUCCCAAACGCUCUUAGCUUCGCCCGCUUCGGCACGCCGUAUCGGCCGCCCUCCCAGCAUUUCUGAGCACCAUGUCAUCCUCGUCACGCAAGUCUCGCAUCACAAGCGCGGCCCAUGUUAUAUACACGAACGCCGUAUACUGGCCCAACUACAGGGUCUACAACGGGGACACGCCCGGCCAGCUGAACUACGGAUGCAUCAACCGGGUCUACUACGCCUUUGCCAACGUGAUGCCGGACGGAGGGGUAUUGCUAAGUGACGAAUAUGCCGAUGCCAGAGCGCCGUGUGACGGUGUUCAAGGCGCUUUGGGAUCCCUAAUGCAUCUCAAGGCGCGAUACCCCCACUUGCAAGUUCUGCUCUCCAUCGGUGGCGGCGAGUCGGCCGAGACUUUCCCCAUCGUGGCCUCCAACGCCGUCCUCCGAGACAAUUUUGCUCGCUCUGCUCGAGGCUUGGUCGAGGCGUCAGGCCUCGACGGCAUCGACAUUGUUUGGGAAUAUCCAUGCACCCCGCAGCAAGGGAAUGACUUCCUCGCGCUUGUGGCGGCGAUCCGCAUCCAUCUCCCCGAGGACCGCUACCUGCUCACUGCCGCUCUGCCGGCGGCGAAGCCGAUCCUUCAAAACAUCGACCUCCAGCAGACCAGCGCAUACCUCGACACGCUCAAUCUCACAGCCUACGACUUCUUUGGCGACUGGACCCACAAGAGCGGCCAUCACGCCCAGCUCUACGCCAUCAACAAGGACGAGCCGUCCGGGGCCUCUGGCGCGCAAUACAUCAUGUCCUCUGGCGUGCCUGGCAAGAAGAUCCUGCUCGGGAUUCCGCUCUUUGGGCGCAGCUUCCUCCAUGUGACCGGGCCGGGCCACAAGAACCGCGGUUCGGGGGGCAACGAUGGUUCGUUCGAGUACAGCCAGCUCCCGAGGAAGGGGACCAAGGAGCAAGUCGACAAGCGGGCCGUUGCGGCGCAAUGCGUGGGCGGGGAUGGCGGCUUCGUCACUUAUGACAACCCGGACACGGUCAAGGGGCUGUUCUACUGGAGUGCACCGUCUGAUGCCAAAGACACCAAGAGAAGUCUCGUUGCGACAGGCUUCAAAACGUUGCACAGCUCCUGACGUCUACUCGCCGUCCCCGUCCCUCGGCCAGGGGCUGGAUGGGCCAGACUUGGCCACUUCUUGUUUUCUCACGUGUAUUCCCUCUUAUGACGGCUUGGUGCAAACCAUGUAACAAUGAGAUACAGAGGCACAGUCCAGACGCACUGUCAGCUUAGAGUUCUG